UUGUGCGCUAGCUGGCACAGGCGCCUUUUACCAAAAAUGAAGCGAACGUGAUGACGUGUCAUGACGGUUAAAAUAGUGUUGAAGAGGGCAAGGGAAUAAUGGGUUCAUUUUAAAUGGACUGGAAAUGUGUCACUCAUAAUGGAACGAUUGUGUGUGCCUUAUAUGUGCUACAGUCAAUUAUGAUUGCAUUUCAUAUAUUGGCUAGAAGACAACGCAUCAGCAAACAUCGAAUGUUAGCCAUCCUACUAUAUCAGUUCCAUUACAAAUGUUCCAGUAACAUCACAUUGGAGCACGUAUUGGAAGCUGUAUCAGAAGUUGAUGGAGGAGCAUGGCCCUGCCCUCUUUAGAUUCCUCCCUCCAAGGGAUCCCGAAGAAUGUGCUGGCUGUUUCCAUGGAAACUAAAUACCAAUGCCAGCAGUGUCACCAGGUCCUGAGGAAGCCGGUCCAGGCUCAGUGUGGACAUCGCUUCUGUGUCCACUGUUUCAAACUGCUCACCAGCUCUGGACCCAAGCCCUGUGAAGCCUGUCAACAGGAGGAGAUCUACGAGGAGCCCCAGUCCAUUCUCAAUAGCAAUGAGGCUUUUCCAGACAAUGCAGCCGGUAGAGAAAUCGCCAGCCUGCCUGCCAAAUGUUUCAAUGGGGGCUGCUCUUGGACAGGUUGCAUCAAAGAAUAUGAGACACAACACGAGGGCAAGUGCGAGUAUGAGCACGUACCAUGUGAAGCCUGCCAGGUCCUCAUCCUGCGUAGUGAAAAAGAGAGGCAUAACGAGAGAGAAUGUGAAGAAAGAACUUUGAACUGCAAGUACUGCAAAGUCUCCUUCAACUUCAAGCAGAUCAAGGCUCAUGAUGAACUCUGCCAGAAGUUUCCCAUGCAGUGCAAGGACUGUGGAAAGAAAAAGAUUCCACGGGAAAAGUUUCUAGAUCACAGCAGAUCCUGUGCCAAGUCUAAGACUGCAUGUCCAUUCAGUGAGGUUGGCUGCAAGGCUGUGAUUGAUAAUGGAAAGCACAGUGACCACGAGCAGACGAGCGUCAUGGAGCACAUGCGUCUGAUCCUGGCGACAUCUAUGGUGCGGCUGCAGCGUCCGGAGGCCCCGGGGCUGGGGGAGUGGCAGGAGGACUCUGGGAUUGGCCUGUACCGCGCUCCUGAGGAGGGAGCCACAGCUUCUGCAGCCACAGUUGGGGGUGGAACCGCUGCCUCUGGACAGACCAGUGGCCUUGACCAUAAGGUGACAGUGCUGGAGAAUAUAGUGUGUGUACUGAACAGAGAAGUAGAGAGGAGCUCUCUCACUUUAGAGGCCUUCUCUCGACAACAUCGACUAGACCAGGACAAGAUAGAGAACCUCAGCAACAAGGUGCGUCAACUAGAGCGUACUCUCACCAUGCGGGAUCUACAGCUAGCUGAGACAGACCAGACUCUGAGGGAGCUCCAGUUCUGCACCUUUGACGGUGUGUUUGUUUGGAAGAUCGCUGACUUCUCACGCCGCCGGCAGGACGCUGUGGCCGGGCGAACACCCGCCAUGUUCUCACCAGCGUUCUAUUCCAGUAAAUAUGGCUAUAAGAUGUGUCUGAGACUGUAUCUGAAUGGGGAUGGAACAGGUCGAGGGACACACCUUUCUCUUUUCUUUGUGGUGAUGAGGGGCAAGUGUGACGCUCUGCUCAAAUGGCCCUUCAGUCAGAAAGUGACUCUGAUGCUGCUGGAUCAGAAUAACAGGGAGCAUAUUAUUGACGCCUUCCGACCUGAUGUCAGCUCUACCUCUUUCCAGCGGCCAAUCAGUGAGAUGAACAUAGCCAGUGGCUGCCCACUCUUCUGUCCAUUAGCUAAACUGACAGGCAAGAGCUCCUACCUUAGGGAUGAUACCAUUUUCAUCAAGGCCAUUGUAGACCUCACAGGCUUGUAGAGGCUGUGGAAGCCCCCUACACCAAGGCACAAAACGCAGACUAAUAUAUAUAACUUCUGAAAUUGCAUAAUAUAAGUCAUAUUAUAAUACAUUUCAUAUAUUUAUUAUUAUAAGUAUAUCAUAGACACUGUUUAUUUUGCUGGCUGAAGGCACUGGAAUGAAAAUGAAUUCUGCUAGCAGAUCUUUUCAAUUGGUUUAAACAGAGAAAAAUAGGGUGAGUGAUAUGGCCAACCCAAGUGUUGGCUCUGACUACUAGAAGUGCAGUAUUAUGCAGAGGAUGCCGUGACUGUUUUUGAAUGCAAGGCAAUAAGAGCUUGUCAAAAUUGGUCAGCAAAUAGGCUCAUUGCACAUAAAUCACGUUAUGUAUUUCUAUUAUUUUCCAAUAUUUCUUAAUUUGGAGACACUGAUGUGAUCGUGCCAAAAUGACACUGUCAAGUUGUGAAAAACUGCUUUUACUUGAGGUAGCACCUGUUGUACACAUGGACAAGGAUGUGUUCGAGAUCCUGCCCAUUCAUCAUGUGAGCAGGCACAACUUUUUAAAUGGCAAAACCAACCGGUCGGUAAUUUAUAUUAAAGAAAUGUUCCACAAACUCCGCCUAGUGCUUUCUCAAAAAAGCUACAAGCCGGUCCCAAGCCCGGAUAAAGGAGGAUGGGUUAGGUUAUGCGUAAGACUAGCAAGCGCAAUCUGUAAAAAAAAAAAAUAUUAAAAAAAUUAAAUAAAAAUAAAUUGUGGGGGGGCAACAGUACAAUUAUACUAGUUGUUCAUAGAUGGCAAAUGCUCCUUGAGGAGCAACGGGUCUAACUAAGUAGCUUAGAGCAUUCCAAAAACAUAAGUACGCUUUCCCAUUUAAACAGUUGUGCACUCGCAUCCAGUUGUGCACCCGCAUCCACGCGGUGCGUGGGUAACAUCACUGGGGAAGCCAAGCCGGGGGGGGGGGGAUCACAACCUAUGUGUUGUGAUCAUUGCGUUGUUUGCUCUAUAACCUGUUAGUUCAUAUGCCUUGACACCGUAACAUAUAGGCCUGAAGGUCGAGACAAUAAGAAGACACCGUAGCAGAAUAAAUUCAACCACAGCUUUUUUUUCAUCACAAAACAGGAGAGCAACCUCUGUCUGGUGAAGUCCACAAAAGAUCUUGCAUGUAACAGUUACAUGGCCUACAGCAUGAUCAAGCAAGUUAAUGUUUCUGUCAUUUUCAGACUACGAAACAACUAUUGAUUUAGAACCACUGAGUUACCGUAAGUCACAAAGAAAACAGGAGCUGCCUCCACUAUUCCAGCACCAUUUCAACAUCAUCUAAUCACCUAUGCUUAGUCUAAUACAGUGACAACUAAAAGAUACCACAAAAAAAAUUGUCCAACCAAUAUAAGCUAAAUAUGAUGUAGCUGUCCAUGGUUCUGAUUUCUGUGCAAGUAGAAAAACAUGUUGACUCACCCUACCCUAGAAACGCCAAUGCCAUCCUCCACUUUCCUGUUGCCUAAACGAUCUAUGACUCUGUCAUACACUUUAAAAAAUGUUUUUUGUUGUUCAAGGCUACCUGGCUAAAAUACUAGUUCACCACCCUAACUUCCUUUCAUUGGCAAUGAUGCGCCAGGCCAGCUAGUUAACAUUAGCCUAACAUUACUACAUGUAGCUACAUGUUGAACUUCCAUCCUCUCGGGCCAGGUACACAAAGUAUGAAUUUAUGGUUGGAUCAGAUUUCCCAUUAUAAUCAUUGGCCAGUACGGAUAAUUAAGUAAACCACAAGUCCAAUUCUCUAUCCAUUGCUAAUUUAGGAAUGGGACAAUUUUAGCCAGCUAGCCACUGGAGGACAACGACACAAUGGGAUGCAAUUAAUUCCAGUUUUCUGUCAAUGUUUGGCUUCUAAUGUGAUGUGAUUGGUCUGAGGCCAAAUCCAAACUGGUUUACCUUGAGACUUCUUUUUUUUUGGUGUGCCAGGACCAUUCAUAGCUGAUCUCACUCAGUUUAGCUCAACGUUGAUUGGCUAUUUUAUAGAAAAAAUGAUCAAGGGAGGCCAAAUGCUCCUUGGCUUCCCUUGCAUUCAAUGCUAUGGGUGGCAACAAUGUCACUCUUUUUGACCAGACAGCAUAGAUGGGCUACACAUACAGAGACAGAGGGUUGCUAUUUUGUUUGCUUGAAUGCUUUCUCCUGUGAGAUACAUUCAGCCUCUUGUGAAUUGAAGGACAUUUAUGAAACACAGAAAGAUGAAAGCUAAAUUAAUUUGUUUGUUAUUUUUGUGGGGGAGCCUGGCUUCCCUUGGCAUCCAUGAAUACACACCACUGCUCACAUCCAUGCUGUAUGCGCUGUACUUAAAGCCUAACAAAUCAUUGAACAAGGUGGGUGCAUAAUACUGUGCAUGUGCACAACAGGCUUUACCUUGAAUUAAAGUAGUUUUCCAUCAAAUUGAAGCAGCAUUAAGUUUGUUACCGUUAAUGUCUUCUACUAAGCAUGGCAAAGAAUGAUCAAAAUAGCUGCAAAGCGGACCAAAUUUGACACCUCUUAAUUGACCUUUCAAAGGCACCACAUCCUCUGCAUUAUCCUGAGCUUCAGGCAGACAUGGGCAAUACUUAAUUUGAGCAUUAUAUGCCAUUUGGACUGAAUGGCGCCGGAGGAGAUGGCUGCCGAUUUUACGGGCCCUUAACCAAUUGUGCUAUUGUGUGUUUUCGUGUUAUUUGUAACAUUUUGUACCUCGCUACUAUUUUACUGCUGCUCUUUUAUUUUUUUAACUAUCUAUUUUUUUACUUAACAAUUAUUUUUCUCAACUGCAAUGUUAGUAAAGGGCUUGUAAGUAAGCAUUUCACGGUAAGGUCUACACCUGCUGUAUGCAGCGCAUGUGACAAAUACAAUUAGAUUUUGAUUUGAUCCGCUCGAGGCUCAGAUGAACCGAUCAUCGUAUCUUUCGUCAGUAUACUUUUCAGUCCAGUUCUGUUAGCUAGGUAGAUGAACAGUGCCUAUAUAGCUGUAGUGUACAAGAGUACGCCACAGUAGACAUGUACCCAAUUAAGAUAUAUGAUUAAAUAUACUGUAAUAAAAUACAGUAUAUUAACUAACAAUUAUAUGAACUAUAUGUUAUAGGCUAAGCUGAGAAAGCUCCUGCUCUUUUCAAAUACGAAAUGCAUAUUUUAUCUCAAAUUUCAAGAUUAGUAUUUAUACUGAGCUAGCGCAUAAAUAAAUGGUAAGUUAGCAGGCUAUUAUGCCAGCAUAAUUGUAUUGAAUAGAACAAUUAAGUGUUUCUGAAUGUCAUACUUGUGACAGGUUAACCUUAUCUAUCUUGUGUAGAGUGGAUGAGAAUUAUUUAAGGACAUCUCCUUCACUUAACAUAUUAUUGUUGGUCAUUAUUCAGCUAUAACUAAUAUACAAAGACAUUUGAUGUGUUAAUGUAGAUUAUGUAUAUUUUUGUCACUGUAAUGGUAAAGAGUCACAUGUAGGUGUUUUUGUUGAAGGGCAGGUUACAGAAAUAUAACAGCACAGUGUGUAAUGUUAAUUAUAUGCAUGUGUUAAAGGAAAGCAAUUCUGAUUUAAUAUAGUUACCUGUUUAAGUUUAAUUGAUUUCUUUGUCUUAUUUAACCAAGGAAGUCGCACUGAUCUUGCAGGAGUCAUUUUGUUUUAUUCUCAUGAUUUUGACUGUCAAGACUUGUGUGCUGUAGUUACUUGUUUUUAUUGGAACAUUUUGAGGUGUUUGAUUUGAUUGCAUGUUAUUUCAAACACCUAUCUAGCAUGGAGUAGUCCUGGGAUUAUAUAGAAUAUAUAUUGUAUCUAUAACAAUAAAUUGGAGUGGGGAAAAGUAUACCUUUUUCUCAAUACAUUAUCUACCAAUGAGAAUGGUGUUAUGAAAAUAAAUACAUUUGAUAAAA